UUAUGCCCAUUCAACACAAUUUCUAGUGGUUUGAUGGAAAAAAUGUUGCUCUUUAAAAAAACACAUUGAAUAUGCUAAAGAUUGAAUGAAAAUAAAAAGAGAGACGAUACUUAUAAAACACUCUUUUUAAAGUGUCUAAUUCUAAACAUUUCCACAGACUUUGUUUUGAAAAAUUAGUAGUUUUAUGUAAAUGGAUUAAAAAUAUCGUUGACAGUAAUUUAAUUUUCCUCUGAGACAGCUCAUUGAAUCGUACUAAGCAGAAUUACCAUAGUUACAUAACAGAAAACUCUUACGAUCAUAAUAUUUUUAUACAUUCCUUUUCAUACACUUAAAAAAACGUUUUUUCAAGUAUCGAGGUACUCUACAAAAACUAAAUAUUUGUCCUGUUCUAGGAUCUUAUUAAAUGUCGUUUACAAGUCAAACCUCAAAAAUAUGUAAAUUUUAUUAAUGCAUUUAAAGUAACGAUUGCAGAAGAAGGUAUUUUAGGAUUAAGUAAAGGCUGGGCACCAACAUUAAUUGGUUAUUCUUUGCAAGGUCUUGGUAAAUUUGGUUUUUAUGAAGUUUUUAAAAUUUUCUAUGGAGGAAUUCUUGGUGAAGAAAAUGCUUAUGUUUAUCGAACAUUACUUUAUUUAUUAUCAAGUGCAUCAGCUGAAUUUUUUGCUGAUAUUGCAUUAGCACCAUGGGAAGCUACGAAAGUACGAAUACAAACACAAGAUAAUUGGGCAUCGACAUUAAGACAAGGUUUACCAAAACUUUAUGCCGAAGAAGGACUAUGGGGUUUCUAUAAAGGUAUUGUACCAUUAUGGCUUCGUCAAAUACCUUAUACAAUGAUGAAAUUUGCAUGUUUCGAACGUACAGUCGAAGCACUUUAUAAAUAUGUCGUUCCUAAGCCACGUGAACAAUGUACAAAAACAGAACAAUUAGGUGUAACAUUUAUAGCUGGGUAUAUAGCUGGAAUAUUUUGUGCUAUUGUUAGUCAUCCAGCUGAUACUAUUGUAUCAAAAUUAAAUAAUGAAAAAGGUCUUGGUUUAUUUGAUGCUGUACGUCGUGUUGGAUUUGCUGGUUUAUGGAAAGGUCUUGGUCCACGUAUUUUUAUGAUUGGUACAUUAACAGCUCUUCAAUGGUUUAUUUAUGAUACAGCUAAAGUCCUUUUUGCAUUACCACGACCACCACCACCACAACCACCAAAUACAGUACAGAAAAGAUAUGGUUUUACUAGUGAUAAAGGACCGUUAAUACUUGACUUAAAUGUGAAAAGCUGA